AUGCCGUCAGGUCCUGGCGCUGAAGAGCGCCUGCACAAAGCCAGGGCAGCUUCUAGUUCGUCCAUAGAAAAAGGGCAUUCCAUGCGGGGAUCACGUGAGAACGCCCUCUUCAGUCGCGCCCUGAAGGCUGCGGGCAGGGACCUCCUGGUGAUCGUGGGCGAUUUCAACGCUCACAGCACACUCUGGGGGUACAUGCGUGAAGAAAAGCGCGGGCGCAAGCUAGCGGAACUUGCGUCCACGCUGGGCCUGACUCUUCACACCGACCCUGCACAUCCAACGCGGGUGGGUAACUCCGUGACUCGGGACACGUGUCCGGACCUUACCUUCACCAAAAACAUUAGACACGCAGAAUGGGCCAACAGCGAGGAAACCCUCGGCAGUGACCACUGCAUACUCAACACAACCGUCAGAAGCAAACCAUUGGCAAGAUCCCACGCCCAAGCCCGCCUACCCGACUGGACCAAGUUCCGGCAAAACUACACCAAUUCGGCCCCUAUCCACGAACAAGGUUACCACGCGUGGUCACAAGAAUUGGUUGCGCACCUUCGUUUGGCGGAAACUCAAGUUCAACUAUCGGAGGCCACGCCGGAGGUCGACAACCACCUCCUGCACCUAUGGGAGGCGCGGCACAGCCUCGCCCAUAGGUGGCGCCGCCAAAAACACAAUCGGAGGCUCAAAAUUCGCAUCGCCGAGCUCACCCAACAAGCAGCAGAGUACGCGGCCCAGCUCGCCGACUCGAAUUGGGUGGACCGAUGCAACACGGCCGCUAGACAAAUGUCUAGCCGGAGCACCUGGCGUCUCUUUCGCGCCUUGAUCGAUCCGACUCAAACCAGAGCCGAGACACAAGAACAUCUCCAACGGGCUAUCCAUAGCUUUGACGGAGACAUCUCAAAAUUAGCAUGCAAACUACGCGAUCAAUACCUUUGUAUACAACAGGACCCCCGAGGGCCAGCGUACUCGUAUGCAGGUUCCGAGAACGCGGAGCUGGACCAACCAUUCCAGCUCCACGACCUGAAGGCGGCCCUCACUAAAAUGAAGCGAGAAACGGCGCCGGGAAGAGACAAAAUAACAGUGGAACUACUUGCCAACCUUCCCGACCCGGCCUACGAGGCGCUCCUCGCAUACAUAAACUCAAUCUGGCUCGGUGAGGCAAUCCUCCCAAUCGAAUGGAAGACCGCCCUGGUCACUUUCAUUCCGAAAGCCGGCAAAGCCAUAACCACAGACAACCUCCGCCCAAUCGCCCUCACGUCUUGUGUGGGAAAGCUGAUGGAGACUAUGGUGCGAGAUAGGCUGUCCGAGUUUCUGGAAAACCAAAACGUUUUCUCAGACACCAUGUUCGGGUUCCGCCCGCACCGGUCCGCGCAAGAUGUUCUGCUUCAACUAGACCGCGAAAUUCUAAAUCCCGUCGAAUAUUCCCUCAAUGACAAGGCAGUACUCGCCCUCGAUUUGAAGGGGGCUUUCGACAAUGUCACACACGACGUAAUUCUGACACGCCUCUCCCAAACCAACUGUGGACACAACACGUUUCAGUACGUUAAACAAUUUCUCUCCGACCGGCAAUCGUACUUCCGGAUACAAGAUGAAGAACACGGCCCAUACCAAUUAGGCACCAGAGGUACCCCGCAGGGCGCGGUCCUCUCACCCCUACUAUUCAAUUUGGCAAUGCUGAAACUCCCGGCUCAGCUGGAGAAUGUAUAA